AUAUUUUUAUAGCUUCUGUACUGAAAUCUGAAUCUGAAAUCUGUACACAAUCCUUUCGUUUAAAAUUUUCAUUUUCAUCCUCAUGUCAUAUAUCUUCGUUUAUUAUGCUAGAGAAACGAAACUUUCGUAUUUCGAUAGAAUGAGUUCCUCAUUCAUCAAUAUCCCAAUCCUAGUUAGUAGUCAGGAUCAAAAUUUAUAAAUCACUCAUUAUCACCAUCAUAUGAAGGUCGAAUACCUACUUAUUUCGUAAAUAAUUCAAAUGCUUAUCAGUAGGUACAAACAGAAUUAAAUUUUCCCAAAUACUCCGAGUGAGAUCUUACUAGUUUGUUCACCGUUGACCUCGAAAGAGUUUAAUUCUUCAAAACAUGGCCUUGAAUCCAACAUCUCUACCGGUGGUCCAUAAAAAAUUAGAUAUUAUACCUCUUGAAGAAAUUCAAAAAGUUUUGACUGAAGGACUUCCAACUAACUUCAAAGAUGUGGAGGUAACAGUAGUGGAUUGCCCAGACCUAACAAAAGAGCCAUUCACAUUAGCCAAGCCUGGGUUGAGUGGAAGUACCAAAUUGGUGGAAGUUGGUGGGCCUCCUUAUCUUUUGCCAACUGUUCAAAAGGACAAAGUGUAUGAUUUGAGAGAUAUAGCAAAACUAUCUGAUGCAAAAAAUGUGUUCAUCAUUGGAGCUGGGGCUGGACCACAUCCUUAUGCUGGAAGAAAUUGCGAGGGUAUAUUCAACUUGGUCCUGGAAAAUGGAACUGUCAAUCAACAAACAAGGAUAGCAAAGGUCACUCCGGUCAAUGAAAAUUGCUCACAAGAGAUAUUACCAAACACUGAAACAAGAAUGGCCCUUUUAGGCAACUUAUUUCUCUCAGAAGGUAAACCAGGAAAGGUUCUGAAAGUUCAUGCAAAAACUAGAACAGGCAGAAAAGAUUUCAUAGCUAGCAUACGAGAAUGCCUUGAAAAGAAAUUCCCUGAUAAGCUGGUUGGACUAGGCGGAACUUUCCUAUUGAAGGAGGGAAUAGCCAAGCAGCAUGUUAUGAGGGAUUUUUCAACUACUCCAAUAAAGAACGAAGAAGAACUUAAUAAGUGGCUCAAGUUCUACAACAUGUCGGCUCCUCUUAUUGCAGUCGGUACUUUGGUCAACGGAGAUGGAGGUUUAGACUUGAGAGUUCAACAUUUCCACAGCUUCAGCAACCAUGGGGAAGCUGGACAUUAUCAUAUCGAUGUUACUCCAGAAACUGUUGAGUAUCUUGGAUAUUUCAGCGUGGGUGAAGAAAUAUACAGAAUUGAUGCUCCAGAAGAAACACACACAUUUGGAAGAGAUUGAUUUUAUAUUUUUGUUCUAAUAAGUUGAGGGGAUACGACAAUAAACUACAAAAAAAUAA